UGUGGCAGGCAUUGUGGAAAGAGCUGAAGGAGCUGCUGGAGCGAGGCCACCUGCCCUGCUGUGCCUCGGCCAGCUCCUCCACAAGCCUCCAUCCCUUCCAGAGGCUGCUCCCAGCGAGAUUCUCCAUCCCUGGGAGAGCCUCAAGGCCUGCAAGGAUGGCACAGCAGGGGGUAGCCACACCAAUCCAUGCAGGAACCUCAGGCUGUCAGAGACCCUGCACCCUGCCACCAGCCUCUGCUAUCUCUGACAGCCUCCAUCCCUCGCAGAGGCUCAGUGAGACCUGUCAGCAUGCAGAAGGAGCAGAGCCCGUGGACAGGUCUCCCAGCUCCCUUGAACUCACGGACAUCAACGACACGGGCGCAAUCCUGACCCUUUACGUGUCAGGUGAAAGCCAACAAGUCCAAAUGGGAGCCCAGCCCGAUGCGGGGGAGCCUGCUCAGGAGCAGCUGACAGGGCAGCAAGAGUCCUGGAGCCAGCAGUGGUCAUCCCACAGCGGCCAGGACAGCCAGGAUGCUGUGCCGGUUCUGCCAGCUGGCAACAGCCCCAGCCUGGUGGUGGAGACGGGCCUCCAGACACCACGGAGCUUCCUCCAUCUGCAGGAAGCUGCCCCGAGACACCCCUCGAGUGCCGCGAAGGGCUUUCUAGUAGCAGCCGCUCCUGGGUCUCCCCCGUGCCAAGCCUCGGGCUGCAGCCCCGGCCGUCGGCAGGAGCAGAGCCCAGCCCACGACGCCGGGGACAGCGACGGUGCCGCCCUGCCCCGCUGGCCCGGGGCUGCCGCAGCCGCCUGUGCGCGCUGCCCCGGCCCGGCUCUGCCGCUCGCCAGCCCGGCGGCUGCAGGGCGGUGGCCGCUGCCCGGCGCGCAGCAGGAAGCGGGGCAAAGGAGGCAGCGGCAUGAGCUGUACCUGUGGGGCCCGCAGCUGGGCAGCGGCGGCUUCAGCACCGUCUUCUCGGGCAUCCGCCUCUCGGACGGCAGCCCGGUGGCCCUCAAACGCGUGGCCCGGGAGAGCGUCCUGCAGUGGGACGAGCUGCCCGACGGCACCCGCGUGCCCUUGGAGGUGGUGCUGAUGGAGAAGGUGGGCUCUGGCUGCCAGAACAUCAUCCAGCUGCUCGACUGGUUCGAGUUGCCGGACAGCUUCAUCCUGGUGCUGGAGCGUCCGGGGGCAUCACAGGAUCUCCUGGAGUUCCUGCAGGAGCAGGACCAGGGGUUCCUGUGCGAGGAGCAGGCGUGCUGGCUUUUCUGCCAGGUGCUGGAGGCCGUGCGGCACUGCACCGCCUGCGGCGUCCUGCACCGGGACAUCAAGCCAGAGAACCUCCUCGUGGACCCGGAGAGCGGCCACCUGAAGCUCAUCGACUUCGGUUGCGGCACCUUCCUCCAGGAGCGGGCCUUCACGGACUUUGCCGGAACGCGCGUGUACAGCCCGCCCGAGUGGACCUGGCUGGGUUGCUACCACGGCCACGCGGCCACCAUCUGGUCCCUGGGCGUGCUGCUGUACGUCAUGGUCUGCGGCAGCCUCCCCUUUCGGGACGACCAAGCCAUCGUGCUGGGGAAGCUCUUCUUCCGGCGGCAGCUUUCUCCAGAGCUCCAGCACCUGAUCCGAUGGUGUUUGGCCAAGCACCCUCCGGACAGGCCGGAGCUGGAGGAGAUCUCGCGCCACCAUUGGGUGUGGGGCCGGCGUUUUUGAUGCCUUGCCGGAGCCUCUGCAGCACCCACUUACCGAAUCCCACGCAGGACUGAGGACCUGGAAAAUAAAACAGCAAACCCA